AUGCCGACGACGGCAGUCGAACUGCCGAAUCUCCACCACAGCACCGGUGAAAGACAACGGAAUCAGAUAUCUCACACCGAACCGGAGGCAGAGGCCGAUGAGGUCAUGCAGCAGUCUCUCAUCGCGGAUUCACAAGUUCCCGAUGGCGGAUAUGGAUGGGUUUUGAUCUCUGCUUGCGCGGUAGUCACCUGGUGGUUUGUCGGUGUAUCUUAUACGUGGGGUGUCAUGCAAGCCGAAUUGGUAGAGAAGAAAGGUUAUUCAUCCUCGACCUUGGCCUUUGUGGGCUCGCUCUGUCCAGCCUGUAUCUCGUUGCUGGCUGUUCCUAACGCGAGACUGAUUCGACUGAUUGGCGCACGCAUCACGGCUUGUCUGGGAAUCUUUCUGCUUGGACUGGGCAGUAUUCUGAGUGGGUUUACUACGGAUAGUAUUGCGGGAUUGUUUAUGACGUGGGGGUUUGUGGGUGGUCUGGGAACGAGCUUAUGCUUUAUGGUCGUCUCCGUUACACCUGCACAAUAUUUCAAAGCUAAACGAGGCAUCGCCAAUGGUAUAGUCUACGCUGGCGGCGGACUCGGUGGCACCGUCAUCAGUUUCAUCUUGGAUGCAUUGCUUCAAAGUGUGGGAAUCGCCUGGACCUUCCGAAUCCUGGGUUUCCUCAUCAUGGCUACGGGUCUACCGGCCGCCUGGCUGAUCAAGGAGCGUGCAGCAAUCAUGCCCACCAAGAUGGUUGAAUGGAGCUUGUUCAAAGACGUCCGUUUUGCGGUCCUAUUCGCCGUUGGCGUCAUUGGAACAUUCCCGCUCUUCGUGCCGGCAUUUUUCUUGCCCUUGUAUACCAGCUCACUUGGGUUGCCAUCGAGCGCAGGAGCUGGUCUUGUCGCUGCAUUCAACUUUAGCUCAGCCAUCGGUCGUCUCUCCUGUGGAUUUGCGUGUGAUAAGCUCGGAUCGCUGAACACGCUGUUCUUGUCGCUGCUUCUGAGCGCGUUCAGUAUUUUCGUCCUUUGGCCGGUGUCUAAUUCGAUUGGGCCUCUGGUUGCAUUCGUGAUUAUUAAUGGAUCCGCCAAUGGUGGUUUCUUCUCAACUAUGCCGACAGUCGUGGGUAAUGUCUUUGGGUCCGCGCGGGUAUCUGUUGCGGUGGGAAUGAUCGUCAGUGGAUGGCUGGGUGGCUACCUUAUGGGUGCCCCUAUCGCUGGUUACAUUCUCAAUGCCUCCGGUGGCCAGGAGGGUGGAAUUGGAGCGUAUCGACCGGCAAUUUUCUAUGCAGGAUCAAUGGCAACGGCUGCGACGGUUCUGGCGGCUGUGCUGCGGAUGAAGGUGGAUCGGAGAAUAAAGAAAACGGUUUGA